UUAUGACAUAACAGGUCAUUAUUAAGUGGUUGUCCUCCAUUAAACAUUUCUAUCAAAAAGUCAUCUGGGUAGUGGUUGGUGAUCUAAAUUAUUUCUUGGGUAGGUUCCAUAAGGACCAUAACUCUAAGGAUGUACCAAGUUGGUCAUAGAUGUGUAUUAUUGGUUUGUCAUAAUUCGUGGUUGUCCUUACCAACACAAAGAUUAUAACUCCGGAUGCAAAAUACAUGUAUGAGAUUAGUGGAGGGCGGUCUUUGUUUCAAUUUAUGUCAGUUUAGAUUGGAAUGGUUUUUUAUGCUAUAAUUUCGGUAGACUACAAUGGGACGAGAAUCAAGAAAAUUAGUAAACGCAUGACAGAAUUUCAGAAAAAUAUGAUAACCAAGGGUACACAUCAACUCUCUGUUAGACAAAUAGUCGUUGUUUGCAAUUGAUAGCCUUCAACUCCUACUAGUCUUGUCAGCGAAAAUGCCAGACAUCCUGGGUGGUGGUGCACACACUGUAAGAUCCCAUGGAGUUGCCGUGGCAAAAAUACAUAUGCAUGAUUGGCUGAUUUUGUUGCUUCUUGUGGUGAUUGAGGUCGGUUUGAACAUCAUAGAACCAUUCCACCGCUUUGUGGGAGAGGAAAUGAUGACAGACCUCAAAUACCCGUUGAAAGGCAAUACCAUUCCCUUUUGGGCUGUUCCAAUUAUUGCAAUAUUGUUGCCUUUCGUUAUCUUUCUUAUUUACUACUUCAUCAAAAAGGAUGUUUAUGAUUUGCACCAUGCCAUAUUGGGCCUUCUGUUUUCUGUACUUAUUACUGGAGUUAUAACUGAUGCAAUCAAAGAUGCUGUUGGUCGUCCACGUCCAGAUUUCUUUUGGCGUUGUUUCCCUGAUGGCAAACCGGCAUUUUAUCCUACUAUCGCAGGCAAUUCCACAGCCAAUGUCUCAGGGGACGUUAUGUGUAGUGGAAUAAAGAGUGUCAUUAAGGAAGGAUACAAAAGUUUCCCAAGUGGGCAUACAUCUUGGUCCUUCGCAGGUCUUGGCUUUCUUGCUUGGUAUUUGUCUGGAAAAGUCAGGGCAUUUGAUCGUAGGGGCCAUGUUGCAAAACUCUGUAUCAUUUUCCUGCCACUACUAGUUGCUGCUCUGGUUGGAGUUUCUCGAGUAGAUGAUUAUUGGCAUCACUGGCAAGAUGUUUUUGCUGGAGGACUUUUAGGGACUACUAUUGCUUCAUUUUGUUACUUGCAAUUCUUUCCGCCUCCAUAUGAUAUAGAUGGUUGGGGUCCUCAUGCAUAUUUUCAGAUGCUGGCAGAAUCCGGAAAUGGCAAUCGAUCCUCAGCCACCAACGUAAAUCAUGCAAAUGUGCACCAAUCAGAACUUCAAAGUAUAUAUAUCCAACCUCAACAUGGUUAAACAUAAAGAGUUGAUACCUGAGACUCAAGCCCUAUGUUUACUUUGGGAAAAGGUAGGGGAGAGAGGCUUGGGCUGCAGAGAAGAAAUAGACAAUACUAGAUGUCCGUAUUCUUCAAGAUUAAUAGGAUGUGUGAAUUACAGCAGCAGUAUAUGAACUUUGAACUUUUACCAUGGAACUAACAUCAACUGUCCUCAUUCCUUUAUUUAUUUUUAGUUUUCUUGGCUGUCCACUGGUUCAUCUGUUCUUUCGGUUAUGACCGGAUUCCAGAUUGGGCAACACACGAUUUGUUACCUCUCAAACAACACAAUUUUGAUGUAUAGUUUAGUGAUUGCUUGGACAAACUUCUGGGCAUUAUAUUGGGAUAAAUCAUAAUAUCUUUGCAUGUUGGUUCUGUAAAGUGAAGUACUAAUUUCAAGAUUUGAAAAUUGAUGAUGUUAGUGAAAUAUGGAGUUUAUAAUC